CUAUUCUGAGGUUCCUGACAUUCCGAUAAAAUCACUAAGUCAGUAACCCUGGAAUCGACACUCACUCGAAUUAUAAGCCUCCGACAAGCCUAUCACUCCUGAUACUACAGCACAGUAUCUGCGAACUCUCCGCCAAGCUUGCCGUAACCAAGAACACGUUGCCCCAUCACUCUCUGCAGCAAUACAGCCGCCAUGACAGAGAUCAAAUACGCAAUAGUCAUACUCUCCGGGAAUCCUAACUGGAUUCCAUGGAAAGAAGUAACCAAGACUACCGCUAUCGAAGUAGACGUCUGGAAAUACAUGGAUCCAGAUGUAAACGAACCCACGAUGGUGCCGAUUCUGGCAGAGCCUAUCAAGCCGACUCCAUCGACUAUAAAGAAUGACAUUAUAAUCACACCUGCCUCGACUAGGACUGCCACUCCUGGUACAGCACACUCGAUUCCAACCACUACACCAGCUGUCACACGACCUGCUAAGUUCUCUGAUCUCGAUCAGGACGAAAGAGAGGAGCUACGCUCUCUCAGAGAAGAAUAUGCUUACAAGAUGAAGAAGUACGACCGGCAAGUCGAGGCUCUUCGGGCCAUGGAAGCACACAUUCAGAACACCAUCGAUCCGAAGCUCCUCAUAUACACGUACAACUGUCCGAACGCUUGGAAGAUGAUGCAUAACCUCAAGAUGGAAUGUGCUCCUACGGACUACUCUCGCAAGAAGACCAUUCUUGGGAAGUGGGGGAAGCUCAAAUCGACUGCCAAAAGCUCCACUGACCUUGAACACUGGCUCAGAGAAUGGCACACUAUCUACGACGAAGGAAUCGAACUUAAGGUUCCUGAGCUAGUAGACACUGAUCGAGCCUGCCACGAUUUCCUGACUGCAAUUUACCCUAUUGCACCCUCUUUCUCAGACUCAAAAGAGCUUGAAAUGCUAGACGAUAAACAACCAUGGAGCUUUAAACAGCUAGUUCGCCAGUACUCGCAGUGGAGGCGCAACACCUCUGACCGGCCCAGAACAACUGUCAAGAAUUUAGCAUAUAUUGCUAAAAAGCAAGACAAGCCACAACGAUCAAACUCUCCAGCAUCUUUCAACGGCAAAGAACGUGCCGACUACACCCAGUUGCCUUGCUUAUGUGGUGAAACUCAGAGCUAUUCAGACUGCCCGUACAUCAUUCCCAGCAAGAGAAGCUCAACCUGGAAGGCAGACCCUGAGAUCCAAAAACAAGUUGACGAUAAGGUUGAGAAUGGAAGCUUCCGCCUCAAACGCAGGAUCCAAUUCCUUCGAGAUCAAGCAGAGCAGAGGAUCAAAGACAAGGCCAAAUCUGAUAAAAAGACCCCUGACAAGAGCUCCACAUCUGCCAAGCCAGCCGUUCAAGUGGCUAAGGGCGAUAUGUAUGUUGUUAAAACCGAAUUCCAACUGACACUUUCAAGAGCAUUUCUUGCCCGUGAAACUUUGCGGUAGAUGAUGUACCACUAUGGCCACUCAAUGUAAGAGCUGAGGCCACGACACACGGCCCACUUCCUUUUUAAAACUUUAAUAACUCAACAACUACUUAUUCAAUUCUUCUGCAAUUCAACAUGGAAACACCUGUAAUACUCAGCUCACCCCUCGAGAAAGAUAAGGGAGAAUGGCCUACCCCUGCGCGCGCAAUUAUCCGCAGCUUACAACGACAAGGAAAAUCUCAGCGCGAGAUCGUCCAAGAGACUCAGGUGCCUAGGAGGACUGUACGUCGCAUUCUUAAGCUAGAACACACCGCAGAGAGCGUAAAAAGAAGCACCCGAAACCUCAUUUGAUGUCUAUAAGAACGAUAUGCCAAUACAUUCGCAC